AUGUGCCGCGAGCACAUCGCCGCUAUCUUGCGGCUACUGUUACUGGCUGGCGGUGCCUUUUACGUAAACCCCUACACCAACGAGGACCGUAUCGAUCUGAGCCAAGUAUGGGUCGAGAUUCCCACAACUCUAGUGGCGUUGGGGGGAGACGUCCACAUCUUCGUCCGCGGAGCCACCGCCACAGGCAGCUUAAGGGUUCGCCUCGCGCGAGAAGACGACGACGGACGAACACUGCUGGCUACGAUGCCUCUAGCCCUGGACGCAGAAAGUCGAAUGACCCUCCCGUGUGGGUACUUCUCCCGAGGGGGCGUUUACUACCUCGAAAUUGUCGCCGAUAAAGAAACCUUUCUAGACUACAGCAACUCCACCAUAAACACGAUCAAAGUGAAGCGAGAUGUAACAAAGGGGGGGAUAAUGGAGACCGGAGACAGCAUAGUUAAGUCCUGGAAGUUUGACGUACUCUGGCCGAGCGCAAGUCUAGAUGUCACACCAGAACAGAUCCAAACGUAUCCAGAAAGGCAGGUGACAGCCAUACUGGAGUUCCCGAAAGUCGUGUGCACUCCUGUGCAAACGAGCGCUGACUUUUGGCUGGAACUGUUAUAUUGCGGACAUUCCAGUGGAGGCGCUGUACUGUGUGACGGCAAGAACACUAGCUCGAAUGCUCACGUGCUGUAUUCUGAACAGAUGUAUGGCUUCCCCGGUCGACGAACGAUGACCCUUCGGUGUGAACUGUUCGGACAAGCUGGAGACUACGCCCUCACUCUUCGACCCGCGGCCGCUGCCGGUCCCCAGGAUUUGGCGUUGGCUUUUGUUAAGGCGGACUGGUCCGAUCAAUUCGUCUUGAAUGUACAUGGAGGGUCGGUAUUCCCCUGUGGCGACGGAGUGAGAGUCCUCUUCCAAUAUCCCGAAUGUGUGCUGGAUGGAGCUGAUAGAGUGAGGGUAUUCGGACGGGAGGGAGACAAACUUCGAUAUGUCGUGGAGAGGAGGGUUAGAAGAGGUCAGCACACAGCAUCUUUCGACUGUCGGCUUUUUAGCGAGAGGUAUCCCGAAUACUGCUUCGUGUAUGUGUCGCAGGCAGUUACGGGAGCCGUCGCGGAUGUGCGAAUGGACUGCUUGCCUACGUUGCCUUUGUCAGAGGGCGGCGCCGGUGGUUGGGGCGAAUGGUCCCCGUGGUCCGCGUGUCCAGCGCCCGCGCAUUGCUCUACGCGAACGCGUAGUCGACAUCGAUUUUGCGACUCGCCUCCUCCAGCCUACGGCGCUAAGUAUUGUGAGGUGUGCAUAUGUUCGCGCUCUAUUGUAGUGAAAUGUACAUUAUGA